AUGAGUUACCAACUGCAGUCACCCGCUCCUGCCGGGACUAGGCCAAUGUCCCAUGGAAUGAAUAUGGCUGAUCCAAAGGAACAGAUUUCUCUAUGGCAACAGAAUGCUUACAUAAGUGAUUCUGGUAUACAUUCUGGAGCAACAACACAUGCUCCUUCUCUUAGUGGAAAAGAAGAUGAUUUGGAUAGUGAACAGAUUGUGUUUGACUGGGAUCACGCCGGUUUCGGGCAAGGAUUUACUCAAGAUCAACUGGAUGAAAUGAACCAGCAGUUAAACCAGACAAGAUCGCAGAGAGUGCGUGCAGCCAUGUUUCCCGAGACUCUGGACGAAGGAAUAGAAAUUCCUUCAACCCAGUUCGAUCCGAGUCAGCCGACUGCCGUUCAGAGAUUAUCUGAGCCAUCUCAAAUGCUGAAGCAUGCCGUGGAGAAUUUAAUCAAUUAUCAGGAUGAUGCAGAUUUGGCUACAAGAGCAGUUCCAGAAUUAAUAAAACUCUUAAAUGAUGAAGAUCAAGUUGUUGUGGGACAAGCGGCGAUGAUGGUGCAUCAGCUUUCUAGAAAAGAAGCAUCUCGACAUGCUAUUAUGAAUUCUCCUCAGAUGAUAGCCGCUCUGGUGAGAGCAAUGACUACGUCCAACGAUCUGGAAACAACAAAAUGUGCAGCGGGAGCUCUUCACAAUCUCUCCCAUCACCGACAAGGCCUUUUGGCAAUAUUUAAAUCUGGAGGAAUUCCAGCACUCGUGAAACUACUCAGUUCACCUGUGGAAUCGGUGCUAUUUUACUCGAUAACUACUCUCCAUAAUUUGCUGUUACAUCAAGAGGGAUCAAAAAUGGCUGUUCGUCUGGCUGGAGGACUUCAGAAAAUGGUGGCUCUUCUUCAACGUAAUAAUGUUAAGUUUUUGGCUAUCGUGACAGAUUGUUUACAGAUUUUGGCUUAUGGAAAUCAAGAAAGCAAGUUGAUAAUUUUGGCAAGUGGUGGUCCAGCAGAAUUGGUUAGAAUAAUUCGUUCUUAUACUUAUGAGAAGUUAUUGUGGACAACAUCACGUGUUCUUAAAGUGCUCUCUGUGUGUUCUAGUAACAAACCAGCAAUAGUUGAAGCAGGAGGAAUGCAAGCUCUUGCAAUGCAUUUAGGACAUCAGAGUCAAAGAUUGGUGCUGAAUUGUCUGUGGACUCUCAGAAAUUUAUCUGAUGCUGGAACAAAACAGGAAACUAUGGAGAGUUUAUUACAAAGUUUGGUACAACUUCUGUGCAGUAACGAUAUCAAUAUAGUUACCUGUGCAGCAGGAAUAUUAUCCAAUUUAACAUGUAAUAAUCAGAGAAAUAAAAUGACUGUCUGUCAAGUCGGAGGCAUUGAGGCGUUGGUCCGAGCUGUCGUCCAGGCAGGAGACAGAGAAGAAAUAACUGAGCCUGCGGUUUGUGCUUUGAGACAUCUCACAAGUCGUCACGCCGAAGCAGAGAUGGCUCAAAAUGCCGUCAGACUCCAUUAUGGACUACAAGUUAUCGUUAAAUUGCUUCAUCCUCCGAGUCGUUGGCCACUGAUUAAAGCCGUUAUCGGACUCAUACGUAAUUUGGCUUUGUGUUCUGCAAAUCAUUCUCCUCUUCGGGAACACGGUGCAAUUCCCCGACUCGUUCAACUUUUACUGAAAGCAUAUCAAGACACACAAAGACGUUCCAGCGUGACAUCAAACAGUAGUCAGGUGGCAUAUAUGGAUGGAGUACGAAUGGAAGAAAUCGUGGAAGGGACUGUUGGUGCACUUCACAUCUUAGCACGAGAGGCACACAACAGAGCUAUUAUUCGUGGGUUAAAUGUUAUACCAGUUUUUGUUCAAUUAUUGUACAGCGAAAUCGAAAAUAUUCAACGUGUAGCAGCAGGAGUUUUGUGUGAACUCGCCGCCGACAAAGAAGGAGCCGAAAUGAUCGAGACAGAAGGAGCCACUGCUCCUCUUACCGAUCUGUUACAUUCGAGGAAUGAAGGAGUCGCCACUUACGCAGCUGCAGUGUUAUUUCGCAUGUCCGAAGACAAACCACAAGACUACAAGAAGCGUCUCUCGAUGGAACUGACAAGUUCCUUGUUUCGAGACGACGCGGGUCCUUGGGGAGCCAUGCAUCCGGAUAUGGACAUGAACAUGCUAGGCACCGAGGAACCUUAUCCCGACCAAAUAUAUCAGCCGGGACAGGGGCCCGUUCAUGCAGUGCCGCCCCGCCACAAUCCGUAUGCACAGCAAGAUUAUGACCCUCAGGUCCCUAUUGAGUCAAUGGAAGGAUUGGACCUAGGUCCUCCUAUCAAUAAUGUUAGUGGAUACGGAUCUUUGGACACAGCUAUGGACAUUGAUAAUCACCCCGACUUAAACAUUGAUAAUUUGGAAUCUAUUAUGUCACCGGAUUCGGUGCAGAAGGAGGGACAGCUCGCUGCCUGGUACGAUACCGAUCUCUGAGAUGCCAUCUCGGUACAGAUAUCGCUUCUACUUAUUAAAGUUUUUAAUAUAUCACAAAAUGUAAUUUCCAUUUCUUUUUUUUCUGCAUCUAAAAAAAAAAAAUGGAAACUCUCGAUGCCGAUGGUAUCCCAGCGAUCAUUCGUUGUUUUUCGAAGUGACGGUUUACUUCUCUGGCAACGUUGCGGGAAUUGCCGUUCGAUUAGAAAAGUUUUAAGAUUAAAUAUUGUCUUCCCACGAAGUUUUCCAUUUGUGUACUUAACGUCAGAUUAUCUUCCUCGUUAUCUCUAGACUGUUUUAACGUCGGUCGACUUAAGGUAAAAUCCUCAUUAGUCGCAUAACCCCACUGUAUACUUUUAUGUAAUCCCGUUAAAGGUAGAGUAGUACGUGACGUCUACAGUAUUAUUGGAUGGAAGUCGUGUCCGUUACGUAUGCUAUCGAUCAUUAUCUUCAAGUAAUCAUAGUUACCUUUUUUAACGAAAAUAUCGUUCAGAGUAUUUACGCAUAAUCCAAUCAAAUUACUAAUAUCCACGGAACAAAUAUGAGAUGUGACCUCUUGCCGAUACGAGCUUAUCGACCGUUUUGUGAAAGUUGUAUUUACUACGUUUUUAUGUUACGUUUUAAGAUGGUUUAAUAAGAUGUUUAUCUUAGAAUUUUAAUCUAGAGUAGUUAGUGGAUUCCAAACGAAAGCCUAUUGUUGUAUGUCUCGUGAUCUUUAUUCGAAUAUACUUCCAGAACGAGAAAAUGACGGGUGAAAUGCAUUUAUAAACAAGUGAUUAUCGUGUAACAAUAUAGCAAAGUGAAUUCAUUAAAGUGUGUGCAAAAUAAA